GUUCGUAUAGCCGGCCGUAGUCUUGACAGUUGAGUCAUGUAAUGUCUGUGAAGUGUGAAUGUAACUUUAGAAAAAGAACUAAGUUUUGUAAUGUAUUGAUACUCGAUCGCUUCAAAAACUAAGACAUCAUUUUGACUUGAUAACCAUCCUUUGCUUUGGCAAAACAGUAAUGUCUCUCUUAAUGAAGUAACAACGAAUUAAAUUCGACAAAAAAUGGUUUUGUCGCAAAACAAAGAAUGAUUCAUGACAGGUGGUCGAACGCAGUACGUCACGUGUGAAGUGUCAAUCGAAUCGGUUCAAAAUGGCUGCAGACAGGACGUCGGAGAAGUUGUCUCCGCUCCGGAGUUUAAGCAGUUUUAAAUCAGAGAUUCCACUAACAAUGGAGGAUACAACAAGACAGAGCAGCGCCAAGUCAUGCCAUCAGCAUCUGGACCAGUUCAUCAAUAGCAUCCCUCUCCAUGUCUCAGCGCUUGUCCUGAAUGCUGCUAACUGCUUCAUUGUUGCAUCAGAGUUGCUGUUUUCCUAUGACAUGAUUGCUGUUGCACCUGAUGACAAGAAGAUGGUUCUAUCAGCGCUGUCUGCAAGCAGCCUGGCCAUCUUGUCUCUAUUUUUGCUUGAGGUUGUGGUUAGAGUUUUCAGCAUGGGAGCCCACUUCAGAAGGAGAAAGCUAGAGAUAUUUGAUGCCUGUGUUGUCCUCCUGACAUUCAUCCCAGACUUGGUCUUUUUCGUCAUCCAGCUUCAGGACAACUACAUUUGGUACCCAUUCACCAGAGCCUUCUCCUUCAUUGUUGCCCUGCGUAUGUGGAGAUGUUGGGGCAUUCUGCGUGGAGAGAAGAAGCGAGUGAGAGAGGAGUCGGCGUGUGAGUUAGAGAUGGAGAAGUAUGCCAGACGACAAGCAGAAGCCCAAGCAGAUGCACUGCAGGCUCAGUGUGACCAGCAGCUGAAAGAGAUUGCGUAUCUGAGAGACUUCCUUCACCAGAAUAAUCUGGAUCCAGACACAACAAAGCUGGACUUUGUGCCAAACUACCGGACUAGUGCCUCCAUAUCCUCAAGUGCAAUUGACUACGAUAAGGCCGACACACUCAGAGUGAAUGGCAAACUCAGCAAAGAUGCUUCAUUAGACAGCAUCGCUUCAUCCACCAAGGACCUAGCCACAUCCAUAUCCUCCACCCAGAACAUCUACAGUGAACCGCCAACUCUCAGUAGCUCUGCUCCUAGCGGCUCCCCUGCACUCUCAAGCAGCUUGCAACAUGGCAACCAUGCCAAUGAGCAAUUCGCCUCGGCGGCUUCCAGGCAGAUUGUCCAAGAGGCCAUCUCUGAGGUCCGGCAGGAGACGUCCUCACCCAGCCACGAGGGCCUGUCUAACGCUGGCUUCAUUCAUGACGGAGAAGGGCAAUCUGGGGGCCUGUCAACAGUCACAGAGAGAAGAGCGCUUGAAGAUGAGAUGAACAGAGGCGUGACAAAUUUAGCUUUUGAGGGAGACACACAAGAGCCAUGCAGCUCAGGAAGCAGCGUGAAAACAGAUUCUGAAGGUGAGAGUGAAGCCCAGCUGCGGAUUGAGUUGGAUGAGAUAAGAAGACUGUCUGACGAAGCCUUGCAAUCUGAACUGGCAACCAACACUACAGAAGUGGAUGGGGUCCCCACGACGUCCCUGUGAACAACAUGUUGUAAAAGACAACAGUCACUAUAAACAACCAAAGAAUGUGAAAAGUACUUGGUACUUGGUGGUUAUCCUCUUCAGAACUCCUCCAGGAAGUGGAAGAGGUAAAAGGUAUUGUAUAAAUAAAAGAAGCGCCAACAGCGUUUGGAUUCCAUUGUGUGCCUGAAUUGUUUUGUACACGAUAUUCAGCUGAUGUGUCAUUGUAUUCCUGUGUGCCGAACCGUCAGUGUGUGUCGCUUGAAAAGUCUCCAUAAGCUGGGGUAUAGCAACACGGAAGAAGCACAUAAAAAGUUGAGUGGAACGUUUUUAUUUGAAUGUUUGGUUGUGUAUUCCAAGCAAGAUGUCUUCAACGUCGUGUUUAUAAGUACUUUAGUUUAAUUUAUUCCUUCCAUGGUUGUGUUAUCUCCGUUCUACCCUCGGACCCAAGAAAAUUGAUACCUUAUGUACCUGUUUAUAAGAGAAUUAUCAGCGUUUAGGAAUUAUUCAAAAAGUGGAGAAUGAUUAUAAAACUCAACAAAUGUUUGUUUUAUUUUAUCAUCUUCCAUUUGACAUGUAAUUCUGGGGGUUGGUAUACAGAUAAUGAAUGUUUAUGAGUGUAAUGGUGAGAAUAUUUUCAUGAGUUGAAAGAUUUCGCCUCGUUGAAUGGAACAUUCCAUCUUUCAACGAAUGAAAACAUUCUCACCAUGGCAGAAAUGCGAAACAUUCAUUGUUUGUUUUAUAUAACAUCUAAGUAGAUCUUUGUCAUUCGAUUGGAGGAUAACACCUUAAGAACAAACAAAACUCACAAAAUUGUUUUAUAUCCACUACUUUUUUCAGCUUGUUUGAGGAUAACAAUUAAGUUUUAAAAGUCAAAUCAUUUUAUGAAAAUUAACAUUCUAAGCUCUUAAAACAAUGCAAAAAUCAUCAAUGCAACUGCAUCAACUUCAAAGGCAAAUUUUCUACUGCUAUAACGCAUGCUAUGGUCUAAAUAGCGCAAAGAUCGUAUAGCGCUGGGCCACUGCGUGUCUUAGUGUGCGCGCGGCGUGCAAUAGAUCAAAAGGGAUGGGACGAAAAUGCACGGUGGAUGCAACCAAAAAUGCACGGUUAUGACGUAGGCCGUGCAAUGGAUGCCGCGUGACCUACAAUCCUCCAAUCAAAUGACAAGGAUUUCCUUGGGUGUUAUAUAAAAUGGUAUAUACAUUACAUGCUGUAAGUAAAACAUUGGAUAUAUAAAUAGUAUUGCGUAUAGACAGUUUUGAGAAGCCAAAAUAUCAAUUGUCUUUGUGCUUAUGUAGUUGCAAUGCUAAGUCUAAUCCGUUAAUUUGUGUGUGGUCUUAAGAAACAAGUAUAGAAAGUGCCUGAUCAAACAUACAGAAUCCAACAUUGGUAGUUAGCUUUUGACGGAUACAAUGUGCUUGUGGCUUGCUCUACAAGCACACAUGCAAUUGUAAAGUUGAUCAUAAUUUGAACUGUCAUAGUGCAAGCAUGUUGGCCUGUGUAAAGUAAGUAUCAUUCAUGAGGGUGAAUUUGGAACUAGUUAGACAAUGUAGAUUAGAACCAGACUCUUUCUCUUUAUUUGAGAUAACUCUUUAUUUUGGUUGCAUUGGCUUUGUUUAUAUUUGGGUUGGUACAGUUUCAGCAUGCAAUACUGCUAGUUCUUGCCUGUUAGAGUAACUAUUAAUUUAUUAAGAGAGGUGCUUGUGUGUCCUAAAAAAAAUUCAUCACGCCGUAGUCUAGAGUAUGAAGCAACAGUAUGUGUCAAAGUUUGGUUUCGUUUUCUAAAAAAUUAGGGGUUAACUGUGAAUGUGUGUACUUGUUACCCGUGGCAGCUUCUUUAGAACAUGCAGAGGGAAAAAAGAGGGGAAAAAACAGAAAAUAACCUGAUAAUCCAAAGUAACCCAUUCAUGUCUACAAUAUUAUUGGUAAUCAAAAGAGCAGUUUUUGUAGGCAAGUACGAUUUCACCUUGUCCUUAUUCAGAGUAUAUUCAGCUUUGUCUUCAAGUGAACUUGAAUCCUUGAUCCUUAUUGGUCGAUCCAUGGCAACACGCCGUGCUACAUAUAACCAUGUAGCAUGGCCACGGUCCAUACGCACUCUGCAUAUCAAGAGGCGCGCGUCGUUCCUUACAACACGCAUGUGCAAUAGGAUAACCGCUGAAAAGUUCAUGUGAGUUGUGGGUGUUCCAUCUUCACUGUGCUUUAAGUUUGCUUGAAGAUAAAUUUGUUGUCCCACGGGCACUUGUGAAACACGCGCGAGUAGUGCCUCUGCGCCCCACAUACCACUCAGCCUUCGGCCUCGUGGUAUGUGGGACACAGACGCACUACAGUAUUCCGUGUUUCACUCGCGCUCGCCGGAUAACUAAUAGUAUUCAAUUGACAUUCCGUGUAUUUAAGUAUUCAGAUGGAACUGUUUGAUACCAGUUCACCGCAAGUAUAAUCCCUUAAACUUUGAGUUGUUUCUUUUAUGAUAUUUAUGAUUUCCAGAUGUCAGCACAUGUACAGGAAAAUUCUCAUAUUUCACUUUUCAUUUGUCUCUACACAGAUCCACAUAUAAAAGUGAAAACAUUUUGGGGGAAUUGCCCUGAACAUUACUCCACCAAUGUAUAGUACAUGUACUUGAAGCUAUGCAGAUUGAUUCAUUUCAUGUGUGGUCUUCUUGGUGUCAAUCUGUGCUCAUUGUGUUAUCUAGGUUUGGUUUUGAGGGGAACGUGAGCUACAACAAAAAUUAAUAUUCCAAACACAGAUUUGUAUUUGAUUAUAAGUUUUGUUAGCGGAUAUAUAUAUUCCUUACAACAUUUGUAAAUUAUUGUUAUAUAUUUGUAUAAAUUGGGUUGUUCAUAAUAAAGAAUCACUGUGAAUUGAAAUGCAAGAAAUUUAAUAAUUUAAAUCUAACACUUGAGUAUAUAUUCAGCAGAGCUUUAUAAUGAUGGCAAUGAAGGUUUAUUGACUAUACAAAGUUUAAAUGUUAGGUAAAAUAAGAUUAUUGUAAAUGUUCACGAAGAGGAAAUUAAUUCUGGGAAAUAUAUCUUGCACUUGAUUGCACAUUAUUCGAUCCCAUAGUGAUGUUAAAACACUUGAGUGGUGGUAAAGAA